ACCAUACACCUGAAACCAUGACCAUACUAUAAAAGUUUGAAUGGCCUUCCCUCAAUAUCAGUAGCCACGGGAAAAAUAAAAUCCAACCCUUUUAACAUUUCAGAGGACUGAAGCACAAAUAAAAAAUUUAAAUGUCUACACACAAAUCUACCGUAACAGCAGCUUUAAAAAAAAGAAAGAAAAGGGAAGUAUAGCAUCUGAUAGAGGAAGCAGAUAAAAACUUGCACUUUUUUUUUUUUUUACAAUGCCAAACACAGCAGAUUGCAAAUUGAAACGACACAGUGGGUGCCUCAGAUUCUGCCAUGUCACAUGCUUAGGAAAUCUUCGAAAUUUCAGAAGUAAGAGAAUAUCUGCCUUCCUGUCUGUCUCCUGUUAGAUUAAUGUUUGUACUGGUAAGUGUUGUCAUUCUGUUUUCUUAACUACACCUUGAACCUCUCUGCAUGCCCAGUACUGUAUCUUAAGUUUUGCUCGUGCGUUGCAAGGGCCUAUCUGUGACGCAGCAGAUGGUAGAAAAUACGCACAUGCGUGAGGGCAGAGCUUCCCCUUCCCCUCAUCACCGAACCCUAGGCAUCAACAUUCAGUCAAGCCUGAGAACAGCGACACAACACGCCACCAUCUGACGCAACUACACAUUAAAAUAGAAACCACAUUAUUGGCGGGCUUAAUGCAGACUUGAUCACAUGCACACACUGACAGGUUUUUUUUUUGUUUUGUUUUUUGUCGUCUGCAAGGUGCACCAGGAAGGUCUGCUGUUGACCCUGUUUGCCACUGCACAGCUCGAAGAGGAGAGAGUGUUUGUUCGUCAGUCUGCUGUUUACAAAGGACUGUGAAAUAUGUGGUCUCUGGUGUUCCCUGCUGGGUCUGACCUCUCCCCUCUAUCCAUGCUGGUGAUGUAGAGAGAAGAAUACAAGUGUUAUGGGAGUGAAAAGAUGAAGGACUGACAACAGGUAAGGUUUGCUGAUUAUGCCUCCAGUGUCUGUGUGAGCGAGGGAAUGACCGCGAAAAUGCCUGGGUUGGCGGAGGAAUCCCUGGUCAACUUCUCCUCACAAUGUGACUACAACAAUACGGCCUGGGAACAGCGCAUGGACAAGAUGUACACGUACUUCUACCUGCUGCUCUUCAUCCCUGGCCUGCUGCUCAACACCACUGCUCUCUAUGUCCUCUGCAGACACAUUAGUAAGAAGACCAAGGCAGUGAUCUUCAUGAUAAACCUGGCAGUAGCUGACCUGGCCCACAUCCUCUCUCUGCCCCUCAGGAUCUAUUAUUACUUCACACACACCUGGCCUUUUGGACGAGGCGUCUGCUUGUUCUGCUUCUACCUCAAAUUCCUCAACAUGUACGCUGCCAUAGUGUUCCUGAUGUGUAUCAGCGUGCAGAGGUGCGUCUUUCUGCUCGACCCGUUUGCUGCUCGUCGGUGGAGGCGGCGCUAUGACCUGUUGAUCAGUGUUGUAGUAUGGGUGGUGGUCGGUCUGGCCUGCUCGCCAUUCAUUCUGAUGCGGUCCAGCGGUAGUGAAACCGAUGCCAAGCUUUAUGCACCAAAUUCGAGUACGAGCUGUUUUAAAGAUCUGCCCACUCGGCGUCUGUCUCUCUCUCUGGCAGUCACCAUGAUGGCCUCAGCUGAGAUGUUUGGUUUCGUCAUUCCUUUGGCCUGCAUCAGUUACAGCUCUAUCCGCAUCGCUCGGUCCCUCAACCAAAAACAGACCGAGGAUCAGCAAAACCCGAACACUCGACUCAACUCCUCAGCACGCAACCGACUCCAGUCAGUCUCCUCCAACUGUCAGACGGAUAAACUUAACGAAAAGCAGACAAAGAGUGAGAAGCGGCGCGCCCUGCGGAUGGUGCUGAGCUGCUUGGCCCUCUUCUGGCUCUGCUUUGCCCCCUACCACCUCAACUUCUUGUUCUACCUGAUGGUGUCGCAGGACAUAGUGACCCACUGUCCUACCAGGAAGGCUGUGAGUCAGUUCCACCCGGUGUCUCUGUGCCUGGCGAGCCUGAGCUGCUGCCUCAACCCCCUGCUCUAUUAUUUUCUAACAGCUGAGUUCAGGUUGCACCUCACCAGGCGCACCUCCUCCUUCUCCUCCUCGCUACUCUCCUCCCCGAUCAGCUCCCCGACCCAGCACCUACCACCUCACAGACUGUUGAGCAUGGAGAGUAACUGCUCAGACAGGGAAUAGCAUUAUUCACCAGCAAGUGUGAAAGAGGAUGACAAACAGCCAGGCCUCCAUGAUGCAUUGUGUUGAACUUGAAAACAGGCCUUACAAUUUGCAGGAUUUCACGUUAACUUUGAUGUCAAUAUGAAGAGCCUCCCAGAGGACAUUGCUUUAGACCACAGAUGUAAAAUCAGCAAAUGGAAUGAUGUAUAUGUUGCAUGAGCCUGUGCACAAAAUCUGUACGAAUAUUGUAAUAGUUGCUUGAUAUCGAAAGUCUGCUCUUGUUGUAAAACCACAGUCUCAAACUUUAGAUAAGCUAUGUUGUAACUGCCUAAGCUGUAGAUGAAUGCAAGCCACUCUACUGUAAAUAAAAGCUAGUCUGUUCUUUCUGUUUCAUCA